GCCGAAUCAUUUCUGCCUCUCUAUGAAACCAUAACGUUUCCUCUUACAUAGCCGCCAUCUCUUCCACUCUCUCUCUCUCUCUCUCUCUCUCUCAAAUUACUUUUCUCUCUCCAAAACCAGUCUUUUCCCUUUUCCCCAAACUACAUCUCUCUAUCUAAACGAUAUUUAUAAGCCUACCCUAGCUUAUACGCAGACACACUUUUUCCUAUCUAAAACCAGUUUAUUUCCUUCCCCACGUAUCCCCUUUCUCUCUCUAAAACCAUUGUUUUACCUUUCCAGAACUACCCUAGCUUCCACCCCAACAUCUCUCUCUCUGUAACCCACUAGCCAUGGCGGAGGAAUACUUGAAAGCAGCAGACGGCAACCAUAUGACGGCCAUGGCCCUGGCCCAAGCGGGCCUAACGCACAUGUUCGGCGUGGUCGGCAUCCCGGUGACUGGCCUCGCCAACGCAUGUGUCGCCCGCGGCAUCCGCUUUGUUGCCUUCCGCAACGAGCAGGCUGCCGGAUAUGCGGCCGCCGCCCACUCCUACCUCACCUCUGCCCCAUCCCUUCUCCUUACGGUCUCUGGCCCUGGCUGUGUCCACGCCCUCCCCGCCCUCGCCCAUUGCCAGGCCAAUGUUUGGCCCCUCAUCCUCAUCUCCGGCUCCUGUGACCAAGCAUCGGCGGGGAAGGGUGAUUUUCAGGAGCUUGACCAGCUGGCCGCCACCCGCCCCUUCACCAAGUUUUCAGGCCGCGCAACAACUAUUCGGGAGAUCCCUGCCGUUGUCGCCAAUGCUCUUGCUUCAUCUGCCUUGGGCAGGCCGGGUCCUGUGUAUAUCGACCUCCCCUCCGAUGUGCUACACCAGACUGUUCCCUAUGGUGAGGCCCUCGAGCUCGCAAAGCUUGUCCCACCAUUUGUGCCGACCUUUCAGAACCCUAGCCCCAGCCCUGAACUCUUUGCUUCGGGGCAAGCAGUUGAUGAGGCUGCAGCUUUAUUGAGGCAUGCCGAGCGGCCCCUGAUUGUGUUUGGGAAAGGGGCGGCCUACGCGAGGGCUGAGACGGAGUUGCAGGAGCUUGUAAAGCUCACAGGCAUCCCUUUCUUGCCGACACCGAUGGGCAAGGGGCUCGUCUCCGACACGCACCCGCGUGCUGCCACCGCUGCCCGCUCCCUUGCCCUCGCCCAGUGCGAUGUGGCUCUUGUUGUUGGCGCCCGCCUCAAUUGGCUUCUCCACUUUGGCGAGCCCCCCAAAUGGUCGCCAAACGUGAAAUUCGUACUCAUUGAUAUUGACAAAAGCGAGAUUGAUCUUAGGAAACCUCAUCAAGGGCUUGUAGGGGAUGCUCUACUGGUAUUGAACCAGCUCAAUAAGGCAAUUAAGGAUGACCCAUUUUAUUUGGGGGACUCCCACCCAUGGAUCGAGAAGCUCGUGAAGAAGGCAAGGGACAAUGUCGAGAGGAUGGAGAUGCAAUUGCAGAAGGAUGUGGUGCCGUUCAAUUUCAUGACGCCAUUGAGGAUCAUCAGGGAUGCUAUAAUUGCAGAGGGUUCGCCAGCGCCCGUGGUGGUGUCAGAGGGGGCUAACACUAUGGAUUUGGGGAGGGCAGUGUUGGUGCAGACGGAGCCAAGGACGAGGCUGGAUGCGGGGACGUGGGGGACAAUGGGAGUGGGUUUGGGAUUCUGCGUGGCAGCCGCCAUGGCGAUGCCUGAGAGGCUUGUGGUUGCGGUGGAGGGGGACUCUGCAUUUGGGUUUAGCGGAAUCGAGCUCGAGACCUUGGUAAGGUACCAACUGCCUGUAGUUGUGAUUGUCUUCAACAACAAUGGAGUCUAUGGUGGUGAUCGGAGGAAUCCCGAAGAAAUUUCGGGGCCAUAUAAAGAUGACCCUGCACCCACUUCCUUUGUUCCAGAGGCAGCUUAUCACACGAUGAUGGAAGCAUUUGGAGGCAAAGGUUAUCUUGCAAGCACGCCUCAAGAGCUCAAAUCUGCUCUCACGGACUCAUUCUCUGCUAGGAAGCCAGCACUUAUAAAUGUGAUGCUUGAUCCUUACGCUGGCACAGAGAGCGGGAGAAUGCAACACAAGAACUAAGGUUGUCUUGUUCCAGUAUCUCGAGACUAAAAUAUCUUUCUUUUGAUACCAAGCUUCAUCAGCUGCGGCCAACCACCAAAUAUAACACAUUUUGGAAACUUCAGCAUCUUUUUUUUUUUUAAUUGGAUUCCAUGGGUCAACCCGAUUUUGGAAACUUCAGCUUCUUUUUUCUUUUCUUUUUUUAAUUGAUUUCCACUGGUCAACCCAAGUAAACUUUUGGGCAGCGGUUGGGUUUAGCUAGCAAGGUGGGUCAAUAAAUAUUGCACUGCAUGAAUAAACUAGCUUGUAAUGUAUGGGAACUUGGUAUAAGGAUUUGGUUGGGAGCUGGUUCCCCUUCUUGGUUACUUUGAAUAAGAAUUUGGUUGAGAGCUGGUACUUCUUU